GUACCCGCACUCGACCUGAAGGAGGCCACGGCGAAGCUCUCUGCAGAGGAAAACCAAUCCACCUUUGCGAUAGGGACCGGUGGCUCUUUUUAUACUGUCAGACUUGCCAGCAACAGCCCAGUAGAAGACAACUUGUCACAUGGCCCAGCACGAGGAAUUGGCAAGGAUCCUUGGUACUACUGGGGUGUAUAUGACGGACAUGCUGGUUGGGCGACGUCUGCUGUCCUUCGAGAGUCCUUAAUCCCCUAUGUAUCGACACAUCUGAACGCCCUUCCAGAGUCGUCCCCUCUGUCGAAGACUGUAUCGGCUAUCAAGCAGGCGUUCACACAUCUCGACGAUGACAUAUUUGCAUACGCUCGACGUGCUAUAGCUCCUAAUACGUCUGCCACGUUCUCUGAAUCAAUAUCCGCUCUUGCCCCUGCGAUUGCUGGCUCGUGUGCCAUCUUUUCUGCAUACGAGCCUAGCACAUCUACACUCCAUACCGCAUGCACUGGAGACUCUCGCGCAGUACUUGGACGUAGCAAACCUAACAGUACUGUACAUACAUGCGAGCCCUUGUCCGUGGAUCAGAAUGGUUUCAAUCCUGACGAAAUUAAACGUCUCACUGAACUUCACCCAAACGAGCCGGAAAUGAUCAAUCCGAAAAAUGGUCGCUUACUCGGCUGGGCAUUGUCUCGUGCAUUUGGAGACUCGCGAGGCAAGUGGACAAACGCUGAGCAGACUACCUCAUUUGAACAGUUCUGGGCUCAAAAAAGUAUCGAGAAGAACAAGACCCCGCCUUAUUUUACUGCAGAGCCAGAAGUUACCUCGACAACAGUUGGCAACGGCGACUUUAUUAUUCUUGCUUCAGAUGGCCUAUGGGAUCACAUUACUUCUGAAGAUGCAGUAGAAUGUGUCUCUCGAUGGGCGGCAGCGGUCAAGCAAGGGAAAAUUGACCCAUCAGGUCCAACUAAACUACCAAGAUCAAAAUUCGAGAGAAGGCCAGCAUUCGAAAGAGAAGAUGAAGACUCGAGGUUCAUUACUUGGAGAGCAACACCUGAACAUUUUGUGGUUGAAGACAGCAACGCAGCCACGCAUCUAGUCAAGAACGCAUUUGGAGGUAGUAGAAGGGCACUGUUCUGCGGCGUGAUCGGCACAUACAGCCCGAUCAGCAGAUAUGUUAGAGACGAUGUGACGGUGCAAGUCGUGUUCUUCGGCGAU